CGCUGCUGUCUCUCUCCCUUGAAUGUUGUGAAAAUUUUCGUCGUCGCGCGAGGUGGUGCGUGUUUAUCUCUGCGUGCUAAUCGAAAUAAAAUCGGAAAAUUUUGCGUUAAUCCGGACGAAACGGUGACCGAAAAGAUGAACAUCGUUUUCUGAAAGUGAUCCAGUGACGAAUUCCAGCGGGGAAUCCGUUCGGCACCCGGGGGCUGUAGUGCAAAAAGCGGAUCGAAUCGAAUCACUUUCUUCGUUUCGUCGUCGUCUUUCACUGCGGUCGUGUUUGUUGUUGGGGGCGGAGGACGAGCAGCAGCCCCAACCCAACCCAACAUCAGAAGAGGGCCCCGCGCAAGGAAAAUUUAUUGUUCAGCAGCAGCAGCAGCAGUGUUGUGAAAAAGAAGAUGGCCUUUUCCAGCCACAUCAGCGAUAUCGUCAAUUUGAAUGUUGGAGGAACUAGAUUCUCAACGUCCCGUCAAACGUUAACCUGGGUACCGGACACUUUCUUCACGUCCCUACUGAACUCGGAACGAAAUGGUCGGAUUUCGAGCCUGCGAGACGAAACGGAUGCCAUCUUUAUCGAUCGGGACCCGAAACUGUUCUCCAUCAUACUGAACUAUCUGCGCACCAAGGAAAUUGACAUCAAGUCAUGCGAUAUCCGAGUGCUGCGACAUGAGGCUGAAUUCUAUAAUAUAUCUCCGCUCAUCAAGCGGCUUAUGCUGUGCGAAGAGAUGGACCAGUCCAGCUGUGGCGAUGUGCUGUUCUACGGAUAUCUUGCUGCGCCAAACAUUCCAUUGCAAGAAGUGACGCUACCUUCAUCAUCAACCAGUUCCGUGAGCGGUAUUGUCGUAUCCAGCUCUUCAUCUGGUUCGAAUGGUUCCACCCAAACAGCUCAAUCCAAGGAACCUCAACCUAGUGCUUCCGGUCAACCAUCAAUAUCAUCACAGCAGUCGGCCGGAGUGGCGCCUCUGUCUAUUGCUUCCGGCAGUGGUGUUUGCCAUCCGCCCUCGAACCCAAGACCCGGAUCGAUGGUACGAGUUCCAGAGUUCUCCCAAAGCUCGGGAUCAUCCGGAAGUAGUACCGGCGGAGGAGCUAGUGGAUCUCGCCAUGCUGGUCACUCUCGAAAUUCGUCGUGGGAUCUUCGGGUGUCGUACAACGGGAACGGACGAAACUCCCAGUGGGCUCCCGGACAUUCCAGAACGGCCUCGUUGGACAUGAUGCGUCACCAUUCUCGAAACUCUUCCGUUGAUCUGAACAAGUAUAUCAGGAAUGACGUGGGGCUGGUCUUUGGACCAGGCCAGUCAUCCGGCUGGUCCGAUCCGAUGCGGGUCCAGAUCAUCAAAGCUCACCACAACUGGAUUUUGGUGGCUUAUGCUCAUUUUGUCACGUGCUACCGGCUGAAGGACUACUGCGGCUGGCAGCAGAUCUUCGUUUCGCCGUACGUGGAGUGUCCGAUCGAGCGGAUCGCCAUCAAUGCCAAAAUGAGCCUGGCCACGUCGGCCGGCGAGCAGUCUCACAGCAAAAUGGUAGCAAUCUCAUACGGCAGUCAGAUCCGACUGUGGGGAAUCUCUGAGGACGGCGGCAAAACCGACGUCGGAAUCUUCAACCUGCACGUCCGGGUCGAGUAUCUGUUCUUCAUCGGGAGCCAGCUGGUGGCACUUUCGUCGUCCGGUAAGAUCGGCGUGUGGCACGCAAUGACCCAGCACUGGCAAAUUCAAGAUCUCGUUCCGAUUCUGGCGUUCGAUACGGCCGGGUCGUUUCUGCUGCUCGGGUGUAACAAUGGCUCGAUUUACUAUAUUGAUAUGCAAAAGUUCCCGCUGCGAAUGAAAGACAAUGAUCUGCUGGUAACCGAGCUGUACAAAGAUCCAUCGAACGACUCGAUAACAGCUAUCUCGGUGUACUUGACGCCGAAGACUACAACACCGGGAGACAAAGAAGGUCUAUCCGGUAACUGGAUCGAAAUCGCCUACGGGACCAAGUCCGGUUCCGUACGUGUGAUCGUGCAGCAUCCGGAAACCGUCGGUCAUGGGCCGCAGCUGUUCCAAACCUUCACCGUGCACCAGAGUCCGGUGACGAAGGUUACCCUGUCGGAGAAAUUCCUGAUCUCGGUGUGCAGUGAGUACAACCACGUGCGCACCUGGGAAGUCACGCGCUUCCGCGGUAUGAUCUCCACCCAGCCUGGUUCCACGCCGGAGGCGUCCUUCAAGAUUGUGUCGCUGGAGGCCGUAGACUCGACCUACAGCUACUCGGCGGGCAACGACUUCGGUCCCUUCGGCGAACAGGACGACGAGCAGAUCUUCGUGCAAAAGGUGGUUCCGGACACGGACCAGCUGUACGUGCGCCUUGCCUCGAACGGAGAGCGUGUCUGCUUGAUCCGGUCGGUCGAUGGAACCACCAUCACAUCGUUCUGCGUCCACGAGUGUGAGGGCUCCUCUCGGAUGGGAUCUCGCCCGCGCAGGUUCAUCCUGUCGGGUCACUGCAACGGAGCCAUCCAGAUGUGGGAUCUCACGACGGCGUUGGAAAUCUUCAAGAAGAAAGACCAAAACAAGAAGCUGAUCGGUGGUCCCACGGCAGAUGAGCUGAUACGACUGCUGGAUCAGUGCGAUCUGAGCAACAGCCACUGUUCGACGCCCUGCAUGUCCCCGUGUCCGUCGGCGAUCUCAACCGGAGCGGCCACCGUGGCCAGACUGAAACCGUUCAACGUGGCAUUUUUGAAUCAGUCAGCGGCUGCGGCGGCCGCUGGCCCAGGAUGCGCUCCGCCCAAUCCGGACCAACCGAACUGAUCGAGGCUGAGGGGACGACAAGGAAUUUGAAAGUGGCUCUGCUGCUAUCUUCAACUGUACGAUUGAACGAUUUUAGACGUGUGUGAUUAAAAGAAAAUCCGAUAAAACCUUCCUAGGGCAUCCUGGUAAUUGUGAUUUUAUUCUUGUAUCUGAAAAAAGUGAACGUUUUGCGUUUGUCAAUUGCAUUGGGUUUUAUCAGUGUAGGUACAUGGACCUUUGAUUUGUUCUACAGACUUGCUAAACUGUCUUCACUGAUUUGGACGGUGAAUAGUUCAGACAGUUUGGGAUAUGUUCUGCGGAAAACCUAAAAGAAGCGAAUCAAUAAUUAGAAAAGAAAAAAAACUGUAAUGGUCUACAGCCACGGAAUAUAUUUUAUUCAGCACAUACGAGAGCAGUCUUGAAAACAAAACAAAAAUAGUUGACAAAAGUGAUAUUCGCGCUCUUUGAAUUCAAUAUUAUUAUAAUACAUAUGUACUACAAUACUUGUCACGUUAUCAAUAUUUAAACAUAGUCAAUCCUAUAGGGAAGAAUUAUAUUUUUAAUAAAAUCUCGAAAACGUUA